AUGCACUUUUCUUUUGCUAACAAGCAUUCCAAUGUCGAACAAAUAAAAAUUGUUUUCCAAAGUUCAUUGAAUGUUAUUAUUAAACUUUUUUUUUUCUGGACAAACCUCAUCGCCCUCGUUUUUUUUCCCUUCGGAUAUAUUGGCCACUUUUUCCGCCAACCUGAUUCGAAAAGACUUUCCCCUGACGCCGGUACAGCAAGAUUUGUGGGCGGGCUUUUUAAUAUUUUCAAUGCUUCAGCAUGUUUUCCUUUCUUUCUCGCCUGUUUAGACAUACAAUUUUCUUCUCAUAUUUUACUGCGCUUUUUUAUUAUUUGUUUUUCUAGCUUCAUGUCUUCUUUCAUUUCAUUUCCUAUUUCAUUAUUUCUUCACUGUAUUUUUUCUUUCUUUCUUGAAUUCUUUUUCGAAACCUUUCUUUCUUUCCCUUUCUAUUUCUUUUUAUUCUUUCUUUUUUCCUUGUAA